AUGGAGAACAUUGACCCUGCAACCUCAAGCCUUCUGUGUAUGGAAAGCAAUGACAUGUGCUUUGAUGAUUUUGAAUGUAAUGUUGCAGAUGAGUCUCCUCCCUGGGACCACAAAAAUCUUAACUUUAACAAUCAAUGUCUGAUUGAGUAUAAUCUUGGAUCGGAACUUGUAUUGGAUUGUCCAGUACUGAGUGGUGAAAUUGUUCUGGAUUUGGUUGGGAAGGAGAGUGAACAUUUGCCCCGGGCUGAUUACCUCAAGAGGCUGCUUGGUGGGGACUUUGACUUGAGUGUUAGGAAGGAGGCUCUUGAUUGGAUUUGGAAGGCUCAUGCACAAUAUGGUUUUGGACCCUGCAGCAUAUAUCUGUCUAUGAACUACUUGGAUCGGUUCCUAUCGAUAUAUGAAUUAAAAAGAGACAGCAGUUGUUGGAGUGCACAACUGUUAGCUGUAGCAUGUUUGUCGAUUGCUACUAAAAUGGAUGAGACUAAAGUGCUUUCUUCUGUAGAUAUCCAGGUUGGAGAACCUAAGUUUGUAUUUGAAGCUACAGCCAUUAAAUCAAUGGAGCUACUGAUAUUAACCACAUUGAAAUGGAAAAUGCAAGCUUUAACUCCGUUUUCCUUCAUAGACUACUUCCUCGAGAAAAUCACUUGUGACCAACUUCUGGCAAAGUCAUUCAUUUUGAGAUCAGUUGGGCUCAUCCUUGACACAAUUAGAUGUGUCAAUUUCUUGGAAUUCAAGCCUUCUGAAAUUGCCGCAGCAGUGGCAAUUUCUGUGUCAAAGAAAUUGCAAGCUGAAGAGAUUGAUGAAGCCUUAACAUGUUUUGUCAUUGUAGAAAAGGAAAGAAUUUUGAAGUGUCUUGAAUUGAUUAGAGAUUUGCCCUUGAUUCAAUCUUCCACUGAUUUGGACAACAACUUUGCACUGUUGGUACCCCAAAGCCCUAUCGGGGUACUGGAUGCUGCAUGCUUGAUUUGUAUAAGUGAUGAAUUAACAUUUGGAUUAUCUACGGAUUCUUCCUUUAAUAUUCCAAAUUCUAAGAGGAUGAAAUCUUCUGACCCUCUUGAUGGGACUUUCAAGUGA